CCCUCGUACCACCUGUCAAAAAAAUUUUUUUUAGUUAAAAGUGGAAGGUAGAAAAAGUUGUGAGCCUGCUCUAGAUAAACAGCUUGACUUCACCGUAUUGCCACCUGUCUCUUCAGUCCUCAGGCAAGUCACAGAGCGCCGUCUGCGCCUAAGGAUCCUCCACGACCGCCGCAAGGGCACGAAGCAAACUGACUCCCGUCUGUCCCAACAACUGGACUCGGGAGCGGAAACACAAGUAGCGCACAUGGCUGCCAAUACCUCGCACAGGAAGAAAUAACAUCACGUGCAAGGCUUUAAGGACAACCCACGGCUCAGAACCAGACCUCGGUUUCCGGCCGCGGCCCAUAGGUCCUUUCCAGCUCCUUCGCUGCAAGUGACAGAGCAGCCCCUUCUCGUGGGCUCAAGCUACAGAAGACGGGGUCCCCCUGACCUGCGCAGGACGACGCCCAGGAAAUCCUCCCCCCAAGGCACCCGGAAUACCUUGGGGACCACUGGCCGCCUACCCGGAAACAGGCGCGGGGACUGAGCACCGCUGCCGGAAGUAGAAGGGCCUCUGUUUCCGAGGGGGAGCUCUUCGGAGACGCACCGGGAAGCGGCGUAAUCCUGCUUAUCUAUAAAAUGCAGUUGACACAUCAGCUGGACUUAUUUCCGGAAUGCACGGUGACCCUUCUGUUAUUUAAAGAUGUUAAAAAUGCUGGAGACUUGAGGAAAAAGGCCAUGGAAGGCACCAUUAGUGGUUCACUGAUAAAUCCUACAGUGGUUGUCGACCCAUUUCAGAUACUUGUGGCAGCAAACAAAGCAGUUCACCUCUACAAACUGGGAAAAAUGAAGACAAGAACUCUGUCUACAGAAAUUAUUUUCAACCUUUCCCCAAAUAACAAUAUCUCAGACGCUUUGAAAAAAUUUGGUAUCUCAGCAAAUGACACUUCAGUUCUAAUUGUUUACAUUGAAGAGGGAGAAAAGCAAAUAAAUCCAGAAUACCUAAUAUCUCAAGUGGAUGGCCAUCAGGUUUCUCUGAAGGAUCUUCCUGAAAUAACAAAUAUUACAGAAGUCAAAAAGAUAUAUAAACUGUCUUCACAAGAGGAAAGGAUUGGGACAUUACUGGAUGGUAUCAUUUGUAGAAUGUCAACAAAAGAUGUUUUGUGAAAUGUGAAAAUAUUAACAUAUUUUCAGCAUUAAAUACAAUAUUGCUUUUCCUUUCCUGACUAUAAAAGUAAUAUAUGUUCAUUGUAGAAAAAUUUAAAAUAUAGAAUGGUAUUACAUAAAAAGAAAAAAAAAAAACUUAAGUCCUACCUCUUUUAUUAUUUUGAAAGAUAACCACUGCUACUAUUUGCUGUCUCCUAGUCUUGUUUCCAUUCAAAUGGAUUUUAUAUAAUAGGAAUAAAAAUUGCAAAUCAUU